GUCGCGAUCGUGAGGGGAAAGUCGCGAUCGUGAGGGGAGAAACCGCGACGGGAGCGGCCCCGACAUGGCCCCGCGCGACUACGACAGCGAGAAAGAAAAGGCGAAGCGAUUUUUUCAGGAAUUUUACCGGGAUGGAGCCGACGGGCACAAGGAAUUCCCGUACCGGGAGCAGCUGACGUUGCUGGCCCGCCGGGAGCAGGUGGCCCUGUGGGUGGCCCUGGACGAUGUGGCCGAAGAUGACCCCGAGCUGGCCGAAGCCGUGGUGGAAAACGUCCGGCGCUACAGCCGCGUCUUCUCGGACGCUGUCCACGAGCUGCUGCCCCUCUUCGGCUCUGCUGAGGCCCACCCUCGGGACCCCCUGGAUGUUUACCUGGAGCAUCGGCUGCUGCUGGAGCAGCGGGGCCGGGCUGCGGGAGCCCCCAGGACCCCCCAAAAUCAGUUCCCCCCGGAGCUGCUGCGGCGUUUCGAGCUGUAUUUCCGCGCCCCGUCCUGCUCCAAGCCGCUCUCCCCGCGGGAUCUCCGCGCCGGCAGCGUCGGCUCCCUGGUCACGGUGGAGGGAAUCGUCACCCGCGCCGGCGAGGUGCGGCCGCUGCUGCGCGUGGCCACCUACAGCUGCGACCAGUGCGGCGCCGAGACCUACCAGCCGAUUGAGGGCCCGACUUUUACGCCGCUGCUGCUCUGCCCGAGCCGGGAGUGCCAAACCAACCGCUCUGGGGGGCGGCUCUACCUGCAAAGCCGGGGCUCCAAAUUCACCAGAUUCCAGGAAUUGCGGAUCCAGGAACACUCGGAGCAGGUGCCCGUGGGUCACCUGCCGCGCUCGCUGCCGCUGCACCUGAGCGGGGCCAACACGCGCCAGGCCCAGCCCGGGGACCACGUCAGGGUGACGGGAGCCUUCCUGCCCCUGCUGAGGGCGGGGUACGCACAGGUGGCACAGGGGCUGCUGUCGGAGACGUUCCUGGAGGCGCAUCACCUGGCCAAGGUGAGCAAGAGCGAGGACGAGGAGGGCGAGGCCGAGCUCAGCCCCCAGGAGCUGCAGGAGAUCACGGCCGGCCGUGAGUUCGGGGAGAAAAAACGGCUUUUUGGGAAAAAUGGG